UAUUCGCUGACGAUGAGGGGAGCCAGGCCCUUGCCGCUGAUCCCUUCCCCUAACUCUACCCCUCGUUUCUCAAGCUCGUCUCCCACGUAGAGCUAUCCUCAUUCAAUCUGGCCGCCGCUACAACAGACACCGUAUUCAACGUCGCACUCCUCCUCUUUCUCCCAUCUCGCGAGCGGCAGCGGAGAUCGGCACCAUGAUGCACGCUCGCCCUCCGCGACCACCUGCCAGCGAUGGUCUGAGGUCACCCACACGGGCGACCAAACGAUUCGCCGCCGCCGUCAGGUUCGUUUCUUGCUCUGACCAUACUGCGGAUCGGGGCGCCAUUGGAUCCUCUGUCGUCGGCCCACGCCACAGUCCUCUCCUUCUCCCUCUUACAAUUCAUGUACAUCUUCCCCUGAUUCUCCAGGUCAGUCGUGAGGGGCCCCUGAUCUGCAAGUUUCUGAUUUUGAAUACGUUGUGUUGUGUGUUCUGCUGCAGGUCUGGUUGGGCGUGGCAACUUUUUCUUGAUAACAAUUGAGAUUUCUCCACCAAUCUAACAAAUUUGGUGCCUACAAAUCAGUUAGUUGAUUCAUUUCUUUUCAUUCUCUUUUGAUUUUCUUAUCUGAUUAUUCAAGCUGGUCUGAUGCUUCAUUACGACAUUCAAUACUACAGUGUGGCCGAUCCGUGGAGUACUUGUAAGUGUGAAGUUGUUAACAUCUGGUGUAGAAAGAAUUUCCCUAGAAACUACUUGCGUGUGGUAUCAAUAUUCACAUUUGCAUGUCUUCAGAUCACGUUGCUUCAAGAUGCCACUCAGUAGUCAAUAAAUCUUAUUAUGCCACCUUUUUCUUAUUUAAUUAUGAAAAGUCUAAGAAGUUUAUUUGAACAACAAGAAGUGAAGGUGUUACAUUUUGUAUGAGGGUGCGUGACCAAAGGUAAGCAUUGACCAUUAUAUUACAUGUUUUUUUCCAUCAUUAAAUAAUUAUUUACACGUUCUUGUCCUCAGUUAUUAAUCCAAUCUAAGUUUGUAAAAUGAUAGCAUUUUCGAAGAGGGUUGUUACUUAGAUGACACCAAACAGGCUUGAUUUUGCACUCUAGCAACUACCCUUCUAAGUCUAUGCAGAAUUUUCUCAUAUAUACAAUUAGUCAAAUAGAAAGAAUACUUGGAGUAUUAAGAGCUUCACUUGAUGAGGAUGCAUUAUUGAAAGUCAUGAGGAAUUCGUAAAUCUGUGACGUGAGGUGCGAACUGACAAUAAUACCUUUGGCUAUUUUUUUUAUGGGAUUGUAGUUUGGGCCUCCUCUGCAGGCCGCUGACAGCAUUGGUCACUGCGUUGCCACGGGCAUUUGAAAUAUUAUCCGUUUGGGCCUCAUGGGUGGAGCUUUGCUAGCUUAUGAGUUGGAAUUUCUUGACUGCACCUAAAUAUGACAAAGCCGACAGUGAAGGAGCUCAUUUAUAAGAACUGCAGUUUAAAGGAAAUUAUUAUAAUACUCCCUCUGUAAAGAAAUAUAAGAACAUUUAGAUCACUACUUUAGUAAUCUAAACGCUCUUAUAUUUCUUUACGGAGGGAGUAUAUAUCAAUUCCAACAUUUCUAUCUGAAGGAUGGGUUGAGGACCAUUUGUCUCUGAUGGAUUUUCCUGUUUGGCUCCCUUUUCUGUGAGUUGACUCUACAGAUCUUCUCUGUAACCAUAAAUUGCGCUGUAGCAGAAGUAUAUAUAUACUUGCUAGACCUUCUCAUUAUACUCUUUCACUUUUUGGCCUAAAUAUUAUCAUUUUAUGACAUAUUCAGUUUGUGAUAUUUUCUAAUUGAUUGCUCUGUAAUCCCUAUUUUUCUUUAAUUAAAAAUUCAGGUGGCGAAGGUCUCUUUCACCUUGACCCUCUCUUUCACGAUUUUGUGAUGUUCUUGUUGAUUGUGCCUUCAAUGUUCUCAAUGGCUUCAGCAAGUAGUAAUGCAGCAUGCUAAUGUGUGAUGAAUGAAAUUUGUGCAGCAAGUAGUAGUGUAGCAGGCCACGUUGUGUGAUAUUUUUAGUGCAAUGGAUGCUGAAAUCUGUGGGUGCCAUCUGUAUGUGCAAUGUACAGGCUGUGUGCAAUUUCAUAAUACAAUACUACCGUAUUUAGCUCUGAAUUACAAGAGAUUAUCAACACUUAUAUAUUCAAUGUACAACUCUGAAUUAGAGUUGAUUAUGACCACCUUUUUGUAAACAUCAUAAUAUUUUUGUGGUAUGUCCAAGAAGUUGUCAUCUUUCCGAAGACAAAGUACGGGUUGAAUAAGCUAUUUGGUGUUGGAAUCGGCGAGGUUGGUCAUAUUGGUGGUAUCCUCUGACGCGCACGCCUCUGAACGUCCAGCGAGGGGGAAUGGUAUGUUUCGAUAAUCCAAUGAUCAAUUUCUGGUGGUACGUCAUAUUUUUUGUGGUGUGUUUGCUUUUAUUUUUUGUCAUGGUACUACCUUGUUCCUAACUUUGAAAAAUGAACCAAUCAAGAGAAUUAGUGAAACAACCUCUAUCCAAAGAGAAAGGGUUAAUCAUGGAUCUUCAUAAUUGAUGCAAAGAAUUGUCUAACUGUUUAGUAGCUCUGAGAGAUAAUUAACCCAUAGUAAGCUAGAGAGCUCUUUCUGAUCCUUUGUGUGUGUAUAUGUUAUGACGGGCCAGGUCUAUGGCCGCAGGAGGCCCACUGGGCAAACUUAGCCCUCAAGUUAUCUUAGUUUUAUUUCAUAUCGUGGUUAUAUAUACGACUUGUAAGACUAAUUUGAGAAUUAAGUAAUACGACUAUUUCUAUUGCCCGGCUCCCGGAGGAGCCGGAACCCUAAAACCCUAGCCGCCUCCUGUCUCUGCCGCCGCCCCACGCGCAAGGACGGCGCCUCGCCGCCGGCCGCCGCGUUCGAGCCCUCGCCCCGCUCCCUCCUUGCCCUACAGCCUCCGGCCAAGAUCGGGCAGAACCCUAGCCCCUAACACCUUGGUAUCAGGUUCCCGGGUUUCGACCAUGUCUUCAUCACCUCCAAACCCGACACCACCGCUGCCGCCGCUGCCCAACGCCUCCCUCACCGCCGCUGCCACCGAUUCCACCAACGCCGCCGCUGCGUCGCCGGGCGCCACGGCCUCCCUAUCGGCGCCGAUCUCCACCGCACCCGACACCACGCCGGGCCAGGGCCAGCCGCAAACCACCAUCCAACAACCACCGUCGUUGCCUCCCCCAACACCGCCGCAGUUCACACCGGAGGCUAUGGCCGGCGUCCUCAACGACCUGGUCGUCGCGGUCCAGGGCAUCCGCCUCUACUUGGCGAGCCCGUACGGGCCGCCUCCACCGCUUCAUCCGGCCGCGGCCGCGGGCCAGCAGGCGCUGCCGUGGUACUCAGUACCGGCGGCCAUCACCGGUGGCUACCCGGCGCUUCCCCCACCGGCGUCUUUGACGCCACCUUGGCCGCAGUGGCCGACGCCGUUCGCGGUGCCCACCGCGCCGCCCGCCACCACCCAGGGGCCGCAGUGGCCGACCUGGGCCCCGCCGCCCGCGCCGUCCCCCACCGUGUCGUCCCUCCCGGCGGCAACGGUGUAGGUUCCACCACCGCCCCCGCCCAACACUAGCCUGGGCCAGUCCUCGCCGAGCGGCCUUCCAAUCCAGGAGGUCUGCUUCCCUUUGUCACUGUCACCACUUCCCGGGUGGCUCCACGGGCCGCCGUCGGCUUCCACGGAGGCUCGGCCACCGUCAGGGUUCUAGUUGCAGCCCGAGGCGUCGGGUGCCACAGGGAAAUAUGCCGGCCCUUCCACCCUGGACCAGCUCCGUCAUCAGCCCUCCGUACCGCCGAGGCAGUGGGCCAGGGCGCGCCACACCAGCAGCCACCCCGGUUCGCAAAGAUCGACUUCGCCACGUACGACGGUUUGGACGACCCGCUUAACUGGCUCAACCAGUGUGACCAGUUCUUCCGUGGACAGCGCACGCCCGCGUCGGAGCGCACUUGGCCGGCUUCCUACCAUCUCCGCGGGGCCGCCCAGACAUGGUACUACGCCCUCGAGCAAGAUGAGGGCGGCAUGCCACCGUGGGACCGCUUCCGCGAGCUAUGUCUUCUUCGGUUCGGACCACCGGUACGCGGGAGCCGCUUGGCCGAGCUGGGCCGCCUGCCUUUCACCUCCACGGUGCCGGAUUUCGUCGACCGCUUCCAAGCACUAGCGUGCCACGCGCCUGGUGUGACAGCCUUACAGCGGGCGGGGCUCUUCGUCGGCGGCCUUCCCGACCACAUCCGCGUGGACGUCGAGAUGAAGGGGCCACAAGACCUUCAGACGGCCAUGUACUAUGCUCGAGCGUUCGAGCAGCGUGCCUAGGCUUUGACGCGGCCAUCCGCACCAUGUGGGGGCCGCCAGCCCCCCCCCCCCCCGCC